AUGUCUAACACGUUGGUAGUACACACUGGCGACGAGGUUCCAUUGGUUGAUGUCAAUGUGAUCCCAGUUAAAAUCGGCUACAACGGUCCUGCCAAUGUAAACUCACACUUCACCCCAUCCAAACAUGGAUCAGAUGCUCAAUACAAAGCGUGUUUCCACGGGAGACAGCUUGUCGGCGAAGAGAAGUGUAUCAAAGAUUAUGACGCGUAUGUGUUCCAUAGAUCCGAGACUUUGAUUAGACGUGUCGAUGGUGAUGAUGGUGAUGAGUAUAGUGAUCAUAUUGUGGACCACCAGACAGUAAACACAUACUCAUCAGUUGCUAAAGUUAAUAAAUAUAUAGUGUAUGGACAUGACUCGCUUUCUUCUGAUGUCAAUUGGAAUAAGGUGGGUGAAUGGAUAGCUCCAAUGGAUGGUCUCUUUGUUGAUGAUGACCACGACUACGAUAAAGCUGAUCUAUUCGACGUUAGGGAACUAAACGACGAGUGUAUACAAUACAGUGAAGGUGAAGCUGCUGCUGAUGAUGACGAAUACAGUGAAGGUCAAGCUGCUGCUGUUGAUGACGAAUACAGUGAAGGUGAAGCUGCUGAUGAUGACGACGCUGAUUCUGAGGAGACGGAUUCAGAUAUGGAACAUGUCCCCCUUGAGCCGCAAUCGUACCUGAUUACUAUCGGCAAUGGACGUACGGAAACAGACAAGAUCAAGACCCGGAAGGUGAACCGGACCAAACGUUUGGCCAUCCAUAACAUGGGGAUGAUUGCUUAUUUGGUUAUGGCUUGGAAGAGAAACCAACUCAUUCAGUCCAAAAGAGUGUUGAAGGUUUUGAAACGACUAGUCCCUAAACUGUUGAUGGCAGACCAUAUUAAACCAUUUAAGAAACUACUUGUGGCUCCAAAGAACCCUCAAGACAGUAAUGCCGAUACAAGACUCAUCUAUAUACUAAAGUACUUGAUCAAAUGGUUUCAGUUGAACUAUCAAGUUGACUCCAAUGGUCUCAGAGUACUAGGGUAUGUUCCCGACAGUAGUGGUCCCGAUAGUUCUGACCCCAAAGACUUCUUCCCUCCACCUCCAAAGACCCGAAUUGGCUCGGUUUCAGACUUCCUUCGAGUUAUUAAACGAUUUAAACAUAACAGGGAUACAGGUUCGCUUAUAUUCACGGGGAUACUACGAGCAUUGGGGUUUGAAGCUCGAAUGGUGUUCUCGGUGCCGUUGUUAUCACCAUCAAGUACUGCUGGUUCCACCCAGCCUAAGAAUGACCUUCAGUUACUACGUACAAACAAGGACAACGACUUGCUCUAUCCGUACUUCUGGACAGAGGUCGUUAAUCCUUUGAACCCAAAUGAAAUUUUGGUUCUUGAGCCUAUUUGCUUUCAUGAGCAACACAAGCAGUUGCUAAGGAACAGAAGAAUAACAGGAAGCACUUAUUCAUUCCGUAAAGAUAUGGAUUACAUUGACUUCUUUAAUCCGUGUCAAAGAAACCCAUUGAACAUCAUGCCUCCUUCACAAUAUGUUGCUUCUAUUGACUCCAAGGGGUUAAUACUCGAUGUAAGUCCACGAUACAUGACUGACGUGGCCUAUAGAUAUUUCGGUAGAUUGGACUUACGUUCUGAUACCGGAAGAUCGACUCUUCUAUUUCAAACUGUCUUGAGACGACUCAAUGGCGGGGUAGUCUAUAAUGAAUGGGAUAACAAGGAGCUAGAUACAUUACGAAAUAUAGCUUUUGCAAACUUAACCUUGCCCAAAUCCUUAUCCGGACUAAGAAGAAACCCCAACAUCGUCACUAAGCAGACUCUACGGUAUAAUGAAGCGUUGAGGGACAAGUCCCGGAGUUUGACCAAGAUUAAGUUGAAGGAUGGAUAUAAAGUCAAGGUAUAUCUAGGUAAGCAAGUUCUCUAUGGUCGGACAGAAUAUCAAUGGAAACUUCUUGCCAGAUCCGUUCGACCGGAUCAAAUAGAACACCCAAUUAAAUCAAAGAAUAACCUUUCCAGAACUAUAAAGAGAAAGAAAUUGGACGGCCUCUUGAGUCCAUUAUAUAACUUUGAGCAAACAUGUCCUUACAUCAAGCAAGAAGUUUGUAAUGGAAAGAUCCCUCGGAAUCAGUAUGGUAACAUUGAGAUCUUCAAUUCAGUAAUGAUCCCCACUGAUUGUACUUGGGUGAAAUGGACAUAUGUUGAACGGAUUCUUGGCUCAUAUAACAAAAAGAAGAAGGAGAACGCUACCAAUCCUCUUAUAGAAUAUGUCCCAGUGGUAGUAGGGUUUGACUUUAAAUCCAAACCGGGACAUGCUAUUCCUAUUAGGCAUGGUGUUCUAGUGCUCAGUACUCAAUUGUUUUUGGUUAAGCAUAUUUGGUUCAGUGGUAAGUUGAUGAUAGACAGGCACAACAUUCGACUUAAGAAGAUGAACAGUUUGAAUCAUUGGAGAACGUUGUUGAGUCAAAUCAGGAUCAAAAAGCGUUUAGAUCUUCAAUACGGGACAAUUCAGCAAUGGCAGCAUUAG